GGUUGGCCUUCUCGAUUGUUAUCUCAAAUUUCAUUUCCUCCAUCGCCUGCCCCUGAGGCUUCCUCCUUACGUUACUCUACUCCAGUUUUUAGUGUACUCUCUUUUGGUGCCAUGGGGGAUGGUGUCACGGACGACACAGAAGCAUUUAAAAUGGCCUGGGAUUCGGCCUGCCAAGCUGAAUCAGCGACUCUUCUUGUUCCUUACGGCUAUUCCUUCAUGGUAAAGCCUGCAAUAUUCACAGGACCGUGCAGAAGUGGCCUGGUUUUCCAGAUUGAUGGAACUCUAAUGCCGCCGGAUGGACCUGAAUCGUGGCCUAGAAAGAGCAGCAAACGACAAUGGCUAGUGUUCUACCGAGUUAAUGAAAUGAAAAUGCAAGGAGGUGGUCUUAUAGAUGGGAGAGGGGAGAAGUGGUGGAAUCUUCCUUGCAAACCACACAAAGGAAUCAAUGGGACAACUCGGCCUGGUCCUUGUGAUAGUCCAGUUGCCAUGAGGUUCUUCAUGAGCUCCAAUUUGACAGUCGAAGGACUCAGAAUCAUGAACAGUCCAGAGUUCCAUUUCCGGUUUGAUGGGUGCCGGGACGUCCACAUAGACACGCUCUACAUUAAGUCACCCGCUCAGAGUCCCAACACAGAUGGAAUUCACAUAGAGAAUUCAAACAAUGUCAAUAUAUAUAACUCAGUCAUUUUGAAUGGCGAUGAUUGUGUAUCCAUAGGAUCGGGAUCUCAUAACGUGGAUAUAAGGAACAUAACUUGUGGCCCCAGUCAUGGAAUAAGCAUUGGCAGCCUAGGCAUGCACAGCUCCAGAGCCUGUGUAUCCAACAUCACGGUGAGUGACUCGAUGAUCAAGCACUCCGACAAUGGUGUCCGGAUCAAAACAUGGCAGGGUGGAUCAGGAUCAGUCUCACAUGUACGCUUCGAAAAUAUUCAAAUGGACACUGUGAGAAACCCCAUCAUGAUAGACCAGUACUACUGCCCCUCAAAGGGCUGCCGCAACCAAACUGCUGCAGUCUAUAUUUCCGAUAUCUUCUACACAAAUAUAAAGGGAAGCUACGACAUUAGGAGUCCUCCAAUGCACUUGGCGUGCAGUGAAACAGUGCCGUGCACAAAUCUCACAUUCUCCGACAUUGAGCUCCUUCCUGCUCAGGGACAGGUCCUAUUGAGCCCAUUUUGUUGGAAUGCUUAUGGGUUUGUGACAACACUAACUAUUCCGCCGGUCUUUUGCCUGUCGGAGGGGUUCCCGCAGUCGGUGCCACAAAUUGACGGUAAUCUGUGUUGA